AUGGUGGGCAACAACUCGUUGAAGGCUGCCCGCGAUCUGGUUAUGCUGGAGGUGAGGAGGCAUUUCCGUCCCGAGCUGCUGAAUCGUCUGGAUGAGAUCGUGAUCUUCGAUCCCUUGUCCCAUGAGCAAUUGAGGAUGGUCACUAGGCUGCAGAUGAAAGAGGUGGCCUACCGUCUUGCUGAAAGGGGCGUUGCCUUGGCUGUGACUGAUGCUGCAUUGGACUUGAUCUUGUCACUCUCUUAUGAUCCGGUCUAUGGUGCCAAGCCCAUCAGGAGAUGGAUUGAGAAGAGAGUAGUGACGGAGUUGUCCAAGAUGUUGAUCAAUGAAGAGAUAGAUGAGAACUCCACGGUGUCCAUAGACGCUUCUCCCAACAAAGAUGAACUGACUUACAAGGUCGACAUGAACGGAGGACUGGUUAAUGCGCAGACAGGGCAGAAGUCUGACAUUCUGAUCCAGGUUCCUAACGGAGCUAUCAACGGUGGGGCAGCACACACUGUGAAGAAGAUGAGGUUGAUGCAGGAUGAUUAG